AUGGACGAAGUCAUCGACCCGAGUGGGGAGGUGAAGAUAAUACUGAGCAACGCCAAUACCCCUUUUGCAGUGUGGGACGAAUCACUGUCUCCCCAAAACACCCGUCCAGAUGGCUCCGAAACUACCUCUACGAUGAAGGCUGCGGGAAGCGGGCAGAUGAUAAACCAAGGAGCUGCAGGGGAGGACUCAGUGGGCCAGUCGCUAGACGAAGAUCAGACAAAGAGACACAUAUGCAUUCAAGCAUCCGCAAAGCAUUUAGUGCUUGCAUCGCCUGUCUUCAAGAGGAUGUUAGCUGAUGGCUGGAAAGAGGGAGCCACCCUUUCAGAACAGGGCUCCGUCGAGGUCACUGCCGAUGGCUGGGACCCUCAGGUGUUCCUGACCUGGCUCAAAAUCAUCCACUGCCAGCACCACGACGUUCCCCGGCAGCUGAGCCUGGAGGUGCUUGCGAAAAUUGCGGUCAUAUCGGACUACUAUGAGUGCAAGUCCGUUCUAGGCUUCUUCUCCGAAACCUGGAUUAGCUCUUUGGAGACCAGCAUACCUACGAAAUAUUCACGAGACCUGAUCCUGUGGAUGUGGGUUUGCUGGUAUUUUCAGCUUCGGAGUCAGUUUCGAGAGGCUACGUUGAUCGCUAUGGAACAUGCUAUCUCUCCAAUUCCGAGUUUGGAGCUGCCGAUCCCAGCUAUAGUUAUAAAUACGUUGGACAAACGUAGAACGCAGGCUAUCGAAAGCACAAUCUCUAUGCUCAACCAGUGGCAGCAGGACCUGACCAAUAACAGCCGAGGUUGCAAUUUUGAAUGCCGUUCAAUGAUGCUUGGGGCUCUUAUCAAGAAUAUGCACUCACAUAACUUGCUUUCACCACAGCCCAAGGCUCCCUUCCUGGGGUUGAGUGUCCAGUCGCUUAGGAACGCAGUUAACUCGUUUAGAUCACCAGAUUGGUAUUGCAAAGAUAGAUACCGUAACCAUGGUGACCGAUGUGGAAACUCAUCGUUCGAGAAAUUAUUUAGAAGUUUUGGAGUUAACUUGGCGGGACUUGACCUGAUAACUCUUCCUAUCUAA